AUGAGAUCUCCCCUGGGCAUCCUAUCCGCAGCUUCUGUGGCAGCCCUCGUGGCGGCCACUAGCUUAGACUCCGUCUGCACCGUGGACUAUGUGCAGGCACGUUUGCCCGCAGAUGAUCUUAUUCCGGGCGUAUCAAUGAAUCCUGAGUCUGUUGUCGUCAACUCAGUUUACAACGCUUCCGUCAGCGGAUCCUACGACUACCCGGAUGCCUCUUUUGACUAUUGCAAUGUCACUUUCUCCUACACCCAUGCCGGGCUCAAUGACACUGUCAAUGUCUGGUACUGGCUACCCGCUCCGGACAGCUUCCAGUAUCGCUACCUAUCGACGGGCGGAAGCGGUUAUGCGAUUAAUACAUUGAGCACGGAACUCCCCUCAGGCAUCAUCUAUGGUGCAGUCUCGGGAGCAACGGACGGUGGUUUUGGAGGAUUCACCAGUGCGCUAGAUGAUAUCUUCCCUUUGGAGAAUGGAACAAGUAACUAUGAGGCAUUGUACAUGUUCGGUUACGAAGCGAUUCACGAAUUGAGUAUCCUGGGCAAGGAUUUUGCUGGCCUUUUCUUCAAUGCGAGCAAUACCAAAAUUUACAGCUACUAUCAGUCUUGCUCUGAGGGUGGUCGCGACGGAUGGAGUCAGGUCCAACGAUUUGGUGACCAGUUUGAUGGAGUGAUUACUGGUGCCCCUGCCAUCCGGUUUGCCUUCCAGCAGUUGGUGCAUCUGUUCUCCGCCUUGGUCGAGAAGACCCUUGAUUACUACCCCCCUCCAUGUGAGCUCGAAGUGAUUGUGAAUGAAACUAUAUCCUACUGCGACCCUCUCGAUGGCCGGACUGACGGAGUCGUCGCCCGAUCGGACCUUUGUCGUCUGAACUUCAACAUGUCCUCCAUCGUGGGCAAGCCAUACUACUGCGCCGCAAGCUCCGGGGGCGGCUCUGGCCCUGCUAAGCGUGGAAUGUCCACAACUCCUGCGCAGAAUGGAACCAUCACGAAAGCUGGGGUGGAGGUAGCCCAGGCAAUCAUUGACGGGCUGAAGGAUUCCCAGGGUCGGCAAGUCUACCUGUCUUAUCAAAUGGGAGCCUCAGUCGAAGAUGCCACUACUGUCUAUGACUCAGAAACUGCCUCGUGGGAUUUGAGUAUCAGCCAGAUCGGCGCCGAGUUCGUCACACGCUUCCUGUGGUUGCAGGAUACAUCCGAUCUAGCCAGCUUGGACAACGUUACCUAUGAUACUUUGAAGGGGUGGAUGUACGAAGGUUGGCAACGCUACAAGGACUCCUUGCACACGACCUGGCCUGACCUGACCUUAUUCCGCGAGAAUGGGGGCAAGAUCAUCCACUACCACGGUGAGGCUGAUAACAGCGUUCCUCCAGCAUCAUCCGUUCACUACUACGAGUCGGUUCGUAGUGUGAUGUAUCCAUAUCUGUCAUACAAUGAGAGCAUCGACAGCAUGCAUGACUGGUAUCGCUUGUAUCUCGUUCCUGGUGCGGCACACUGUUCUCCCAAUGACUUGCAACCUAAUGGUCCCUUCCCAACUACUAAUCUCGCGACAUUGAUUGACUGGGUGGAAAACGGGGUGGAGCCAGUGACUCUAAAUGCUACUGUUCUUUCUGGGGAUUACGAGGGUGAGGAGCAAGAACUCUGCAGUUGGCCUCUGCGACCCCUCUGGGUGAACAGCGCCACAGAGAUGGAGUGUGUCUAUGAUCAGGCUUCGAUCGAUGCGUGGAAGUGGACUUUUGAUGCAUUCCCCAUUACUGUGUGGUAG